AGGACUCCCCGGCGCUGGGGUCGGCGCGCCUCGUCCAUCUGGUGCCCGCCCGACACCCCUCAGCCAUCUCAGAUCCUCAGCCCCUUAAACCCUCAGCCCCGCCGCCUCUGCACCGUGGCUCCGGCCGUCCGCAGACUGCGGGGCCCUCGCCAGGCCGAUGCCAGGCGGGGAUCCGUCGUCCGAGCUGAGGUGGGCGAGGUGGGCGGGCGUUCCUGCGGCCCACCGAAGCGCGGGGAUCGGGCUUUGGAUUCCACGUGACAGGCUGGGACUUUCCUGUUUCGGCGGGGCUCCGGGAUGGGGUGGGGGUGGGGCAAGUCCUAACAGCUGGCCGCCGACGGAGUCCGCAGGCGAAGGUGGGCAGCUCAGAGGUGAUUGGGGAGGGGGACACAAGAGCCUUCUUUGAAGAGCUUUGUACCCUUAUUGAAGGAUGGCAGAAGCAGUGUUGAUUGACCUCUGUGGUUUGAAAUUGAACUCUCAGAAAAACGAACAUCAGACAUUACUGAAGACAUUGAAUGCCCUUCGGUACCACCAUGCUGCCAAGGCCAAGUUCUUUUGCAUAAUGUGUUGCAGUAACAUCAGCUGUGACAGGAAUAGUGACCAUGAUAAUUAUGAAUUAGAAACAAGCAAUAGAUUAUCAGCUCUCUUGAGAGAAUUUGAGACUGUUAGCAAUCCCAGUAUGGCUGCGUCUUUGUAUACCAUUAAACAAAAAAUUGAUGAAAAAAAUCUGAGCAGCAUUAAGGUAAUUGUGCCCAUGCACCGGAAGACAUUAGUGAAGGCUUUCAUUGAUCAACUCUUCACUGAUGUUUACAAUUUUGAGUUUGAAGAUUUAGAGAUAACUUUGAUGGGAGGUCUUUUGAAACAGACCACUGAGGUGAACAUUACCACAGCUCAAGAACUAGAAGCAAUACAAAAUGAAAUAGAAACAUAUUUGAGAAGUCUACCAGCACUGAAAGGAGAAUUAACCAUUAUCACAUCUCCUUUGAUAUCAGAUAUUUUCAUACAUGGAUUUACUACAAGAACAGGUGGGAUAUCUUACAUACCAACUCUCAGCUCUUUAAAUCUCUUCAGUAGUUCCAGACGGAGAGAUCCUAAGGUAGUUGUUCAAGAAAAUCUGCGUAGGUUGGGGUGUGCUGCAGGAUUUAAUGUGAAGAAAUUUUACCGAAUAAAGACUGAUCAUGCCAAUGACGUCUGGGUUAUGGGAAGGAAGGAGCCUGAAUCUUAUGAUGGAAUCACCACAAAUCAGAGAGGAGUCACAAUAGCAGCUCUUGGUGCUGAUUGUAUACCAAUAGUUUUUGCAGAUCCUGUCAAAAAAGCAUGUGGGGUUGCUCACUCUGGUUGGAGAGGUACUUUGUUAGGUGUUGCUAUGGCUACUGUGAAUGCUAUGAUAACAGAAUAUGGCUGUAGUUUGGAAGAUAUUAUUGUCAUACUAGGACCUUCAGUAGGACCUUGCUGUUUUACUCUUCCAAAGGAAUCAGCGAAGGCAUUUCAUAACCUUGAUCCUGAAUGUGUGCGGCUAUUUGACUCAUCAAAUCCCUAUGUUGACAUUCGUAAAGCCACCAGGUACUUGACUGGAUUUUUGCAUAACUGUCUCCUACCUCCAUCCAAACUGACUGCAAGAGAGAAAUUUAGUUCUUUGAUUUACUUAAUUCUGAAAGGAUAACAUGGAUAAUUCAUGUUUAGGGUAAAUUUUCACCAUUAUCUAACAAUAACUGACCAAACAAAAAUCAGUGUGAUGUUGGGAACCAUCCUGCCUGGUUUCAGGAAUUGUAGCCUUGCUGAUAGGUGAGGGGGCCCCAAGACUGGAGCUAAUCAAGGAGGCCUUGGAAAGAUGGGCCACUCAGGAGACAAAACCUGUCCCCCUGGCAGGGGUGCAGCACCUGCCUCCCUGACAUCACCCUGCAAUGACAGGUAAGACCCCUUGAUGGCAAGGACAACUGAAGAGAGGCACAGUCGAAUGAGAUAUCAGGAAAGAACUUGGGGGACACAGAGAAAGGGCAAAAGACCCUCACCCCUCAGCUUUGAUAUGGCCGGGGUGCUCAUUCUAUCUGAAAGAAGUCUCCUUAUCUCUUGGGGGCUCUGAUCCCCCGCCUGGCUCAUGUUUGAAACAAUACUGGAGACAGCCCUAGACUAGAUCGGGCAGUUCCUGGGGGAAAUCAGGCCUAGAAGUAAAUUAUACUCUUUGAAGCAUGCCUUGUUUUUCCCUCAAAAGCUAUGAUAACCAGCUUAUGCUGGGAAGGAAAUUUACAUUAUUCACAGAACCAGACCCUAAACCCUUUGAUGCUCUUAUGUUUAUGCUCGCAUGUUUAACCCGUCUCCUUUCAGACCUGUGUAAAUCGGUGUGUUUCUGCCAUUUGUUUUCUUCAAAACAUCAUCUAUUCUCUGUAACCAUUAACAUACUGAUGUAAUGAGAUCACCUAUACAUUCCUACUACCUAGCCCCAUUGAUAACCCUUUCAAUAAAAACCUUUGGACCCAGGGGCUCGGGGCCUUCUCCACUCGAGAGAAGUGCCACCCCUUUCCCUGGCAGGCAGAGAGAAAAGUGUCUGGGAUGACUUAUUUUAUUUCCCCAUCCGUGAUAACCUGGAGGGUACUCUUGUGGGACAGAGUCCAACCUGUUCCUCAGUGUGAUGUGUCUUAUACAUUUUAUAUAGAUGAGGAUUAUUCUUAAAGUUUGUUCUGUUUGUUACAUAAAUCAAGAGUAGGUCUGUUCAGUUCAGUAUUUAUUGGGUACUCUCUAUUUAUAAGUCAUUUUGUGAAACUUGGGUGAAAUCAAAAUGAGUAAGACUUUUUCCCUUUGAGUGUAAUACAGAGGAGGAGAGAAACACUUCUAACACUUAAAUUUAAUUUUAAUAGCAAUAGAAGAGUACAGAAGAAGGAAGGAUUAAUACUAUCUAGAUGGCAGGAUGUAUAGAGAAAAUAUUACAAAGAAAAUGACAGAUCACAUGGGCCUGAAAAAUGUAUAAGGUUUUGAGAAAUGAGAAGCAACCAUAACAGACUGAGGUAACACUAUGAACUAGAACAUGAAACUUUAUAACAUUCUAGAGAGAGGAGAGUGUGGACAGGAGUUACUGGAAAAACAAGUUAGAAAUAUUAUUUAGGGUCUCACAUGCUGUGUCAAAGAGUUUGGAGUUUAUUUUCCAGGCAAAUAGGCAUAAAAUAUAAGGGAAUAUUUUUAUGUUCUUGACAUCACAUUGAGGAAGGUUGAUAACUUUCCAAUUUUUUACUGUGCUUUAUUUUGUUUGUAGUCUACAGAUUUACAGAGUAUUUAUCAUAUUUCACUUUAUGUAUGAAAAUAU